GUUUCGCUGUGUUGCCGUGAAAUACGUUGGAGGCUGUUUAUACUCAUUUCAUCCCGUUAAGCUAACUACCGAGUUAAGAGAAAAUGGAGUUGUCAAAUUGUCGACAGAAGCUGGUACUUCUUCUACUUGGCCUGACCAAGAGCGGUAAAAGCGCAACUGGUAACAGUAUCCUGGGUGAACACAAGUUUCGAUGUGGGCGAUCUUAUAUCUGUACAACCAAAGUUACAGAAUAUGGAACAUGCGGUGUUGAGCGAGAAAUCGUGGUCAUUGACACACCUCCUAUUCUCGAUCCCAGUGAUGAGAUGACAGCUGAACACGUAUUACAAGAGAUCGGAAAAGGCAUGUUCAUGGCGAAAUCCGAGAGUCGCGGCAUUGACGCCAUUAUUUUGACACUAAACGCCAACGACCGACUUACGAAAGAACAUGAUGCCAGUGUUGAUUGGCUUCGCCUUUACUUCGGCGAUGACAAUUUGUCGAAAUACGGUAUCGUAUUAGUCACUAGAAAAGAUCAGUUGGACGAAGACAACCUAUCAGUCAAAGAUUUCUUAUUGGAGACGCCACCCUCUGUACGUGGGUUACUAAAGAGAAUAGACAACCGCGUGGUAGCGUUUGCAAACAAUUCUCGUGACAACGAUGUCAGACAAACCCAAGUUUCAGAGCUCUUAUCUAUGGUUGAUGGAAUGAGAAAAGAAAACAUGGAUUCUCUCCUGUACAUGAGAGAAAAUGAAGAAAACGUGUUACAAAUGGAAAGAUUGUGUCGCCUGAGUGUGAAUGAGACUAGCAGCGGUCUUGUUCAAUUUUUAAGCUCAAGGCUGUGUCGAUUGUAUCACCAUGUGUUAGAGUAUAUUGGAUAUGGUCGCUAG